UAUGAUUGAAUAGAUUGAAGGAAUUAACAUAGCAGUUGAAGGAUGCUUUCAUGGUAAUUUUGAUGAAAUUUUUGGUACAAUUAGAGAAAUUGAAAAAUAAAAAAAAAUAAAAAUUGAUUUGCUUUUAGUUUGUGGGGAUGUUUAAACUCAUAGAAAUAAACAUGAUAUGUUUAAUAUGGCUUGUCCUAUUAAAUAUUUAUCAAUGGGAACAUUUUAUAAAUAUUAUUAAGGAAAAGAAGCAGCCCCUUGUUUAACAAUUUUUAUUGGUGGUAAUCAUGAAGCUUCAAAUUAUUUAAGAGAAAUGUAAAUUUUUAAUUAUAUUAUUUUUAGGUAUUUUGGAGGAUGGGUAGCUCCAAAUAUUUAUUAUCUUGGAGAUUCUAAUAUCAUUUAAAUUAAAAAAGGAAACACUACUUUUAAAUUAGGAGGGACUUCAGGAAUAUUUAAAAUUUUUGAUUUUAAUAAUCCUAAAUUAGAAUCAUUUCCAUUUAAAAGUGAAUAAUUACGUUCUGUAUAUCAUACAAAAUAAGUUGAUCUUUUUAAAUUAAGUUUAUAUGAAGGAGAAGUAAAUAUGUUUUUAUCUCAUGAUUGGCCAUAAUGUAAUAAAAAAUAUAUAUAUUUUAUAGAAAUACAUUAACAUGGAUCAACUAAGGAACUUUUAAAAAAGAAAUAAAAUUUUGAGGCAGACAUAAAAUCAGGCAGACUUGGUAGUCAGCCUCACAAAUUUACAUUAGAAAGAUUAUAGCCAGAUUUUUGGUUUGCAGCACAUAUGCAUGUUAAAUUUGAAGCCUUAGUAAAACACAAAAGUGGAAAAUAAACAAAGUAUUGAGAAUUAACAAUUUCAAUAGAUUCUUAGCCUUAGAUAAAUGUAUUGCAGGGAGAGAUUUCUUAUAAGUUUUUACAUAUACUAAAGAUAAGCAAGAUUUAUAUGAAUAAUUUGCAUAUAAUGAUGAACCAAUAGAAUUAUUUUAUGAUUCUGAAUGGCUUUCUAUUGUCCAUACUACAUAUAAAUUAUUAACAAUUUGGGAUAAAAUACCAAAAUUAUUUGAAUAUAAUCCUGCAUUGAAAGAGUAUAUAAAAUAUAUAUUAUAAGGUUAUAGAUAAUGAAAAAAGAUAAAUAUUAAGAAUUCUUAAAUGAGAAACAUUAAAGAAUGAAAAUAUUUGGAAAUCAUAAAAUAAAGAUUCCUAAUAAUUUCGAAAUCACUAGUCCACCCUAUGAUGAAUAAGAUAAUACUAUUAAAAGUUUAGUUCCACCAAAUAGAGUUCCUUUGAAUAAUUAAAUGAAAAGUUAUCUAAACUUAUUUAAUGAAUCAGGAUAAGAAUUAAAUGGUUUAAUAUUUUAUGAACCAGAUUAACCUAGAAUAAUUGGAGAAUUUGUUACUCCAGAUUUUUUGUAAAAGUAGAUUGAAUUAGAAAAUCAAAAAGAGAUUUUAUAAUAAAAAGAUCUUUAGUAAUAAGAAUAAUAAGAAGAACCUUCUUCACCAAAAGAUGAUGAGUUAAAUAUAUAAGACUUUCCAUUUUUAUAAUGA